ACUUUGUUUGAAAACAUUUAAAAAAAAAGAAAUCAAAACAGGAAAACUAGCGUCAUAUUAUACUAUAAAGUAUAAAUGUAUUCGUGCCAAAAAAAACCCUGUUAUGGAAUUUACAAACCUAACAUACUUUAUAUGCGUAAAUUUUACCAGAUUUUUGAAAUAAAGUAGUGAAUCAAUUAUACUAAAUGUCUGAAGAUAAGAAGAAAGCUCUUUUUGUUUGUCUUGGGAACAGCUGUCGAUCACCGAUAGCAGAAGCUGUGUUCCAGAACACUGUGAAUAAGAUGGCUAUAGGACAUCUCUGGGAGGUAGACAGUGCUGGGCUAGCGGACUGGAACGUUGGCUACUCCCCCACUGAUAGAGCAUUGAACACAAUGAGAAAACACGGACUACGCUAUAAUAAUGUUGGAAGACAGAUAAACAAUGACGACUUUAACAACUUUGAUUUUAUAUUUGGAAUGGAUGAAAUGAAUAUAAGAGAUCUAAAAAGCUUAGCACCUGAAAAUUGUAAGGCUAAAGUAUUUCUGCUUGGGGACUUUGAUCCGGAAGGUGAGAGAAUUAUAAGGGAUCCUUAUUUUGAUAACCACGACAGAGGCUUUGAGAAGUGCUAUGAACAGGCCGCCAGGUGCUCUAAAGGAUUCUUAGAGCAACUAGAGAAAGGAAAUGUCAAAUAGAUUAUUAAUUUGUUAUUGUGAUUUCAAUUUCAAAUAAUAAAUGAAUAUAAAUUCGUAA